AUGAGCAGUGACCAGAAUUACGAAUGGUGUCUGAUUGAGUCCGAUCCUGGCGUCUUUACUGAGCUCUUACGUGGAUUUGGCGCCAAAGGAGUUCAAGUGGAAGAGAUGUACGAGCUGAAUCAAAGAACGCUGGAUAAGCUAAAACCAAUGCAUGGAUUGAUAUUUCUCUUCAAAGUGAUUCCAGGGUCGGACUACUCUGAUGGCACUCUUCUUCAAGACGAGAAAAUCCUCUCGGAGAUUUUCUUUGCAAAGCAGAUUGUCAAAAAUGCCUGCGGAACCCAGGCGCUGAUAAGCAUUUUGAUGAACUGCAAUCACGAGGAUCUCCAGAUUGGCCAAGCCUUGACUGAGUACAAAGAGGCGAAUAAAUGUGCCGAUGCCCACACCCGAGGAAUUGCACUUGCCAACAAUGAAACAAUUCGGACCGUGCACAACUCUUUUGCGCCGCAGGAUUUGGCGCUAAGAGAGGGCUAUAAUCGAAACCAGUCUUCCUACCACUUUACCAGCUACUUUCCAUUUGCGGGCCGAGUCAUUGAGAUGGACGGGCGAAAGGAAGGCCCCUACGACCUGGGACCAAUCGGCGCGGGAGAAGACUGGCGACUGUUGGCGUGUUCCGCCAUCAGCAAACGCAUGCGAAAGUACCACGGUAGAGACAUCGACUUCAACGUCCUGGCCCUGAUCAGCGAUCAGUUGGCCAUUCACACUGCUCGCCUUGAGAUGGCUGUUCAGCACAAAGACGAGACUCCCUGGCUGAUUAGCUCCCUUCACGAGCUGAUUGACGAUGAGAAGGACAAGAUGGAGCAGUAUAAAAAGGACAACAUUCGUCGCCGUCACCAGUACCUGCCGCUCAUUAUGGACAUUCUCACGGCCCUGGCCGAGCAGGGCAAACUGGUGGAGCGAUUUGAAGUGGCCAAACUCAAGUCCGUUCGACACUCCUACAUGAUCAGAAGCUCACACGACGGCAGCUCUUCAGAUGGAAGUUCCUCUAUGGGGAGCUCCUCUUCAUCCUCCUCCUCCUCCUCUCAAAGAAGCUCCUCUACCGCGGAGAUUAACACCGAGCGAGAAAGCUCUGAAGAGGACAUGGACUAA